AUGUUUUUAUCUUCCUUAUCUAGGACAAUUGCUCUUGUAAGCAAAAGCCCCACUCUUCAAGUGUUUCGGCCUGCUUCCACAGGCAAAGAUUUGUUUCGACAGUUUUAUGAUGACGAGGCCAAUUUUGGUAAAUCAGAACUGCGGCCUAAGAAGCGACCCGGUCGCUCGUGGACAGAAGAUGAGCUUCGGCUAAAAAGCAAUUCUGACUUGCACAAACUAUGGUACGUAUGUCUGAAGGAGCGUAACAUGUUGCUCACUAUGCAAGCUGCAUAUGUUUCGCAUGCUCGAUCUAUGCCAAAUCCGGAGCGUAUUGAUCGAGUGAAUGAGACAAUGCGCAAUAUCGAGACCGUUGUGCAUGAACGAAAUGAUGCCUACUACAAACUGGAAACAGGUGACAGUGCAAGUCCACCAAUGCGCACCGUAACUUCCUUCAUGGGCUUCACCUACAAGAAGCAAGCAGAAGAGCAUCUCGAACCUCCGACGGAAGGAACCAAGGAGUAUGAGGUACCCUACUUGGACGAUGACGCCUACAUGAUGCAGAAGCUAUGGGCUGAAAAAGAAUUCAUGAAGGAGAGAGAUAGGCAAGUUUCAAGGGGUCCUUUCUUUGUCAGAGAUGUA